AUGGAUUUAUACGAUCAAAUUGAUUUACAAGAUCAUAAAUUAAUUAUGUUUAAACCACCAAAUGAGCGAACACAAUUCGAAUUAGAAUCAAUCAAAUGGAUUUUCGCAGUAGGAUUUAAAUUUUUCAAUCAUUGUCCAAUUGAAUCUCAAAUGGCCCUCAUCCGAAGUGCUUCAUAUACAAAUUAUGGACCGGGAAGGUGGAUAUUGAAAGAAGGACAUUCACCAGAAAAUAUGUAUUUAAUUAUAAAAGGAUCUAUAAGACUUACUAAAUAUGUAUACAAUCCAAUUUCUAAAAAAAAGGAUUUAAUUGAAUAUUGCAAAUUAAGUGAAAAAAAAUCUUUUGGUGUGAGUUCAAUAAAAUUCAACACAUUAAGAAAAAUUUCUGCGCAAUCAUUAAGUACACUAGAGUUAAUUAAAAUAUCAAAAAAUGAUUUUGUCGAUAUUAUUAAAGAUAAUUUGCGUUUAUAUUGGAACUCAAAUUUGAUAGCAAUGCAAAAUUUACCUCAGUUCAAUUACCUGAGUUUAGAAGAUUUAAACAAAUGCAGCACUGUUUCAUUUAUAAAGACGUUUAAAAAAUAUGAACAUGUUCUUAGCAAAGGGUUAGGUGAUAUUGGUUAUGGUCAUUUCAUGAUUGAAGGAAAAAUAUCUUUAAUAACCCAAUUGAAAAUUAUUAAAAGAUUUAAUUUUACUAGAAACAGAGAGUUUGAAUUAUUUGAUCCAUCAAAACAAUUAACUAAUCAAAAAAAAUGUAUGGAAAAGUACAUGAAUACUUGUACAUUUUUAUCAAAAACGUGUUUUAAUAUUGGUGAACAAAUAGAUGAUAAAAAAUUUGUGACAUCUGAGAAAACUAAGUGUUUGUGUGUGCCUCAUUGGUUUAUGAAAAAGAUGGACAAAUUUAAGUACUGGGAUUUAUUGAAAAUUAAUUUAUAUAAUUUUAUUCCUAAUGAAAAGGAACUGUUCAAAAUGUUUGAGAAUACUCAAAAGAAAAACGCGUCGCUAAAAUAA